CAGGAGCCAUUGGGGCAGCUCCCCUGCUGUGCGCAUGCGCAAAGAGUCAUUCGAACGUUCGGUUAUGUAAUAGGACUACAAUGCCCAGGAGCCAUCGCGAAAGCGAUGUUAUUGUUGAUGCCGCACCUAUUUACAGUAUUUUUUAGUUACAGUACAGGUAGGUAGCCGUGUUGGUCUGCCGUAGUCGAAACAGUAUUAAAAAAUUCAUUGGUCUCUAAGGUGCUACUGGGAGGAUUUUUUUUACAGUAUUUAUAUUUGGUUUACUACGGCUGCAGCAGCCCUAAGCACGCUUACUUGAGUGUAAGCCCCAUUUGAAGUGAAAGUGGCUUGCUUUUAAAGUGUGCACAGAGUAGCCAUCUUUUCAUAAAUGCUUGAGUUGACAUUCCAGCAUUGCCGGGGGUUGGACUAGAUGACCUUUGGGGAUGCCUUCCAACUUUACAGUUCUAGGAUUGCACUGUGAGGCUGCAAUCCUAUACCCAUUUAACCUGGCAAGGCAGCAAGCCUUGCGUGACAUGCAUGGGAGACUGCGCUGCUAUUCCUUACUUUCAAGCUGAAUGCCAAAAAAGUGCAUCUUUAGCAAAAGCUAAAGAUUUGUGUGGCAAGAGCAUAUUUAUAUUUUAAAAAACAUGCCUUAUUGUUGCUGGGGAGCAGGGACGCAUAUGGCAGCCCAUUGGUUUUGUUUGUUUAACCUUUAGCAAAGCAGAAACGCGUUUCAAAGCUCUUUCCACUGCAAGGUACUACAACUCCCAGAAGUCAUUGCGGCAGCCGGGAGAACGUUGGCCCGGGCGGGUGGAGCGCGCGAGCUUCUGUUGCUGAGAUUUCCGGAGCUGCGGGGACCCGGGCUUCGCUGCGAUCGGUGUUGCAACCGGCACUGCAGCACAAGGCGCGGGAGCCAGGAAAGUGGAGGGAUCAGGCACCCCAGCUCUCGGUGCAUCAUCGCGUCCGAGCGCCAUGCACAGGAGACAUCUCCAGGAAAUUCCGGAUUCAGGCAGCAACGUCACCGCUGGUUUCACAUGGGGAUGGGAUGCCAGCAAGACUUCGGAGCUGCUCUCGGGCAUGGGAGUGUCUGUUCUUAAGGAUAAGCUAGGCAAUGAGAACACCCCCCAGGAACUGCUCAUGUGCGUGGGACCCCCCACAAAACGGCAGAAAGUGAAGGAAAAGGAAUUUACUAUUGCCCGCAGACCUAGACUGCUUCGAGAGGCAGGAGCAGGAGUUUCUUGGGAUUCGUUGCCUGACGAACUGCUUCUGGGAAUUUUCUCCUAUCUGUCCUUGACUGAUCUGCUGAAAGUUCCCCAGGUUUGCCGGAGGUGGCAUCGCCUUUCGAUUGACGAGUCGCUCUGGCAGACUCUCGACCUUGCAGGAAAGAAUCUGCGGCCAGGUGUGAUUGGCCAUCUGCUGCCAUUGGGUAUAACUGCCUUCCGUUGUCCAAGGUCCUGUGUUGGCAACCCUUUGUUCAAAACAAGCAGACCUCUUCGGGUACAGCAUCUAGACCUGUCGAAUUGUACAAUAAAAGUUGGAGAUCUCCAAAGUAUUCUGUGCAGGUGUCAGGAGCUACAGAACCUCAGCUUGGAAGGGCUUGAGCUUUCUGAUGAUAUAAUUAAAAAUAUAGCACACAACCCCCGUUUGGUGCAACUAAACCUGUCUGGAUGCUCUGGGUUCUCUGCAGAAGCCUUGGAGACAAUGCUGGACAGUUGCCCCAGGUUGGAAGAGCUGAACUUGGCCUGGUGUGACUUCACAGUUGAUCACGUGAAAGCAGCAGUCAGCCACAUUUCUCCAACGGUAACACAUCUGAACCUCAGUGGAUACAGGCAGAAUCUACUGAUGCCAUAUAUCAAAACAUUAACUGAGAGGUGUUCCCGUAUAGUCCAUUUAGAUUUAAGUGACAGUGUUAUGUUGAAGUCGGAUUGCUUUCAGUAUUUCCACCAUCUGGCAUCUCUUGAACACCUGGGUCUUAGUCGAUGCUAUCAGAUACCUCCUGCAGCCCUACUUGAACUUGGUGACAUAGCCACACUCAAAACACUCCAGGUUUUUGGAAUAGUGACGGCCAGCUCCCUUCAACUCUUGAAGGCAACACUUCCUCGCCUAAAGAUCAACGCUUCCCAUUUUACACCUAUUGCAAGGCCCACCAUUGGCUGUAAAAGGAACGAACAGAUUUGGGGAAUCCAAUGCAGAUUGAGCUUGAAAAGUCCAGUCGGUUUUUAAAAUGGCUUGAAAGACAUUUUUAGCUACUAGCAAGAGCAGUGGUGCAUCCUCGAAGGUCGAGUUCAUAGGUUGCGUUUUAAUCUUGUUUUAUUUUGUGACACACGCUCCAGCCCACAACUUUGUAAAAUGGACUUAAAUCAGUUUGUGUGCAAGUGCUGUCAAUCAUACUUCUGCUGAAGUGUAUCAAAACACGCUAAUUAUGUACAAAUAGUUGACAUUAAGCAACAUGAACCCCAUGCUUUUUGAAACACUAUUGAAAAACAAGCUAAGUGUGAUUUUUAAAUAUUAAAACGCUCAAAAAUUUUAUAUACUGUUUCAGCUCUAUAGCUAAACUACCCCUGCGGCAAUCUAUCAAUGGCCUCACACAAAACUGGACUCUUGUAAGAAGGCGGCUUCAAGUUCUUGGAACUAGUCAUACCUCUGGUU